AUGGAAACGGGACUCAACGAUCAACGCUAUUGCUCAACUGGGAUGCAUCCAACCAGCACACUGAAAUUGCGGUUUGCCGUCUUUGAGCUUUUUGCAAUCACACGUAUUUCCUUGGUGUGCACAGUGGCAAUCGCGACUCAUUUGCUUGUCAAAGCCAAUGCCAGUAAGACCAGUUUUGUCGACGAUUCGGUCAAGGAUCUUGGCCUUCACUUCAUCUUCAUGACACUCCUUCCCAUCCGAAAGCUUCAAGCGUUUGUGGACCCUCAUGACCCCAAUAUGGAUCAAGCAGUUGCAGUGCGUAUGCGUGGUUGA